AGAAGAAGAAGCAGCAGCAGCAGCAGCAGCAGCAGCAGCUAGUUGUUGUUGUUGUUGUUGUUGAGCAGAAACAUUCUUCUGUUCUGUUCUUCUGUUCUUCAGUUCUUCAGUAUCCGGAGAUCUUCUUCUUGUUAUCUUUCAGGUCCUCGCUGCAGUCUGAUGGCUUCAUGAGAACAUCCAGAGCAUGAAGAGUCCGUUCAGUCUUCAGCACCAUGGACCAGCCUGAGGAGCAGCCUGAGGAGCAGCCUGAGGAGCAGCCUGAGGAGCAGCCUGAGAAACACUGCUGGGUGUGUUUUGCGACGGAGAGGGACGACCACGCCGCUGAGUGGGUCAGCCCCUGCAGGUGUAAAGGCUGCACUAAAUGGAUCCACCAGUCGUGUCUGCAGCGCUGGCUGGACGAGAAGCAGAGAGGGAACAGUGGAGGGACGGUGAGCUGUCCUCAGUGUGGGACGGAAUACCACGUCAGCUUCCCUAAGACGGGGCCGUUGGUGUACUUCCUCCAGCAGGUGGACGGCGGUCUGUCUCGGGUCAGUCCCUUCGCCGCCGUCGGGGUGGUGGCCGGGACCGUGUACUGGUCGGCCGUCACCUACGGCGCUGUGACCGUCAUGCAGGUGGUGGGACACAAGAAGGGUCUGACGGUGAUGGAGCGGGCCGACCCUCUGUUCCUGCUGAUGGGGCUGCCCACCAUCCCCGUGGUUCUGGUUCUGGGGAAGAUGAUCCGCUGGGAGGAAUACCUGGUGAGGCUGUGGCAGAGAUACACCUGUAGAGGGAAGCUCCCGCCAGGUACGAGUCGUUACCUGUCCAGAGGUCCUGCUGACGGCCUCGGUGCAGGAGAUCACCUGUCAGUGUCCAGGACUCUGUGUGGCGCUCUCGUCUUUCCCUCCAUCGCCAGUCUGGUGGGACGGCUGCUGUUUGGACGGAUGACCUCCAACCUUCAGCGCACCCUGCUGGGUGGCGUGGCCUUCGUGCUGAUGAAGGGAGUGUUGAAGGUGUAUUUCAAACAGCAGCAGUGCACCAUUCAGGCCCGCCGGGUCAUCCUCAACUACCCAGAGAGACCCGGAGACGGACAGAGUGAGGGAGGGGACGAGGACACCGAGGACAGUGGAAAUGAGUAGACAGACAUGAUGGUACAAAAGCUAAACAGCAGCACCACGUCCUCCUGACUGGACCUGAAGACAACCAGGAACCAGGUCCAAUGACUGGAGGAGGAACCUUUAACCUCCAUCUACUGUAGUAAUACACUGACUCUGGAUCAGAACCUCUGAACGCUCCCUUUAACCUCCAUCUACUGUAGUAAUAUACUGACUCUGGAUCAGAACCUCAUAGAACCCCACUGAGGAACACCUGAACUCUCCCUUUAACCUCCAUCUACUGUAGUAACACACUGACUCUGGAUCAGAACCUCUGAACUCUCCCUUUAACACAGUGUGAUGUCUUCUUUGCCUUAUUUGAAGCACUUUAAUAACAGAACCUGACCCGGUGGACCUGCUGUAGCUGGACUGGGAGUUCUGACCCGGUGGACCUGCUGUAGCUGGACUGGGAGUUCUGACCCGGUUGACUUCAGUCACUGUUAAAGCUCAGACCCGGUUCAGUGAGAUGUUGAGCUGCUGAACGCUGCAGAGACUCAGUUGGUGGAGGAUGAAAUGCUCCCACAGCUCCCAGUAGAACCCAGUAGAACAGGAGACUGGACCCAGUCAGAACCUUCAUAGUUCUGCUGGACAUGUUUGAGAUGUUUUGAGAUGUUUUGAGAUGUUUGAGAUGU